CAAAUUGUAUUUUUUUUCCCCUAUACACCGCAUUUGGAAAAAAAAACUGACCGGUUUUUACUUGCUACAGUUCUCUUUAAUACAGAAUUCGAAAAAUCAUCAAUAAGAAUAAAGUAUGGUAGUGAGAACUUACAAUGAUGAAUUGUCCUAUCUGGAAAAAGUUGGAACACAUUCAUGGAGAAUAAAGAAAGGAUUUGUUCCAAACAUGAAGGUUGAGGGUUUAUUUUAUGUCAACACACACUUGGAGAAACUUAUGUUUGAUGAGUUAAAACAGUCCUGUAGGUCACAAGGUUAUGGAGGUUUCUUACCUGGAAUGAAACAGAUAGGAAAUGUGGCAGCUUUACCAGGGAUUGUAGGAAAGUCUAUUGGCUUACCUGAUGUACACUCGGGAUAUGGAUUUGCUAUAGGUAACAUGGCUGCUUUUGACUGUGGGGAUCGUGAUGCUGUUGUGUCACCAGGGGGCGUUGGAUUUGAUAUCAAUUGUGGUGUACGAUUAUUGAGAACCAACCUGUGUGAAAAAGAUGUAAUUCCUGUAAAAGAACAGUUAGCUCAAUGUUUAUUUGAUCACAUUCCUGUUGGAGUUGGAUCUAAAGGCAUCAUUCCAAUGACUGCUAUGAAUCUCGAGGAAGCCUUAGAAAUGGGAAUGGACUGGUCUUUGAGAGAAGGCUAUGCAUGGGCUGAGGACAAAGAGCAUUGUGAAGAAUAUGGAAGGAUGUUACAGGCUGACCCAUCUAAGGUCAGCAGUAGGGCCAAGAAACGAGGUCUACCACAGCUGGGAACUUUGGGUGCAGGCAAUCAUUAUGCAGAGAUUCAAGUUGUAGAAGAAAUAUUCAACCCAUUUGCUGCUAAAAGAAUGGGAAUAGAUUUCAAAGGACAAGUGUGUGUAAUGAUCCAUUGUGGAAGUAGAGGGUUAGGUCAUCAGGUGGCUACAGAUGCCCUUGUUGCCAUGGAAAAAGCUAUGAAGCGUGACAAGAUUGAAACAAAUGACCGACAGCUGGCUUGCGCCAAAAUCAACUCUUCUGAAGGUCAAGACUACUUGAAAGGCAUGGCAUCAGCUGCUAAUUAUGCAUGGGUCAACAGGUCAAGUAUGACCUUUUUGGCUAGACAGGCUUUUGCUAAAAUGUUUAAUACUACACCAGAUGAUUUAGAUAUGCAAGUUAUUUAUGAUGUUUCACAUAACAUAGCUAAAUUUGAAGAACAUUAUAUUGAUGGAAAACAAAAAACAUUACUGGUUCAUCGAAAAGGUUCUACACGAGCCUUCCCUCCACAUCACCCAUUGAUACCAGUAGACUAUCAGCUGACUGGACAGCCUGUUCUGAUUGGAGGAACCAUGGGAACCUGUAGUUAUGUGUUGACAGGAACAGAACAAGGAAUGGUGGAAACUUUUGGCAGCACAUGCCAUGGAGCAGGAAGGGCUCUGUCUAGAGCAAAGUCUCGUAGAAAUCUAGACUAUACAUCUGUAUUAUCUGCCCUUGAAGAACAGGGAAUCAGUAUACGAGUGGCAUCACCUAAGCUCGUUAUGGAGGAGGCGCCAGCAUCUUAUAAAAACGUAACAGAUGUUGUUGAUACAUGUCAAGCAGCAGGCAUAAGUCAGAAAGCUAUCAAACUUCGACCGAUCGCUGUGAUUAAAGGAUGAUGCAGCCUUACAGUUACGUGGCUAGAAUGGUGCUGGUGGUAGAUCAAUCCAAGCUUGUGUGAUAUAGACCUCAUUAAACAUUGUGCAAUGGUCAUUUACAAACCUGUGUUCCAUAUCAUGAUGUUACCUAAAUAUGUUUCUUGAUCUGAUAUCUAGAACCGAAGGGCAAUAUAACUACCUUUACAUUAUGUAUACAUGGAAAACUUUUAACUCUCCAGUGUUCUUCUUAAUGAAUUGUUGUCUGUUGUUCAUGCACCUUUUUUUCCAGGCAAUCUCAAGUGUUCGUUUUAAUGCAUUGAACUGUUGUCUGUUGUUCAUGCACCUUAUUGCCAAAGAUUAUAAACCUGUAUAAUUAAUUUGGAUCGACUCAUUUACACAGGCAAUUUCACGUAAAAAUCCUGUACAUUUUUUAUAUUUAAAUUUUACAAUAGACAUUUCCAGUUUUAUGAGUUUAUGUACAAACUGCAUGUCAUCUUUUAUUUUUGUUACAAAUUUUAAACAAUUAAGAGUUUAAAAAAAAUCAGAACAAUAUUAAUUAAUCUCGGAAAUUAUAGAUUUAAAUUUACUCAAAAUUCAUGUAAAGAUAAUGUUCGUUGUUAGCUAAAUUGGUUGUGAAUUUACUUACAAUUUUCACACAUGUGAAAAAGAGUUGACUGGCUUUUUGUAAUUAGUUUUUAUUUUCAGAUAUGAUUAACUUAACAGUGAUACAUGACAGGAUGAAAUACAUGAUUGACAUGAACAAUCUGGAAUUUUGAAAUUCAGUUUCUCUUUUUUUUUCCUUUUUUUAAAAUUCAAUGGAUAGUUGUCUCAUGGGAAAUAUUAGCAUAUCUCCUUAUAUUUAUAUUUUAUUUGUUGAAAAAGAAAAUUUAAAAAAAAAUAAUAAUAUUUUGAUGUUUAAGAAGUGUAACUGUUUAGAAAUCCAUGAUUGUGAAUAGAAGCUUGUGCACAUAGGCCAACAUGCUAACAAGACUUUUACUAUUCCAAGAUCUUUAUCUAUUUUGAAUGGUAAUGAACAAUUACAAAUUGUUGAUAUAUAAAAGAUGUAUUGUUGAGUCAGUGAUAUGUUUGGUUAGUGCUAAUAUAUGUUACAUCUGAUGCAGGUCACUUUUAAACAUGUUUGUAAUGUCUCUUUGUUUGAAACAGGUUCAAGGUUAAAUCAAAUACAUUUAAAAAAGAAAACUAAUCCAAAUUGGAUAAGUGCAGCAUUUGCAGUGAAUUUAGAAAGUAAUACAAUACUCCUUGCAUUGAAAUAUUGUAAUACUGAUUUUCAGUUUCUCUCUAUUUAUAAAACUAUUGCAAGGUAAACUUAUUAUUGCAAUUUCUGAAGUAAGGAAAAUUAAUCAUUCCAAUAUUUCUAAAUGCUGCAUGCAAUUAUUGCUAUCAUAUAUUAAAAUGAAAAUUUUAUUUUCUGUGAUACCUAUUUCUUUAUAAUUUUGGCAAAAAUAAAAGCAUUGAUAAAUUAUUGAAUUCUCUGUAUUUUACAAUAAUGCAUGUACUUUAUGAUUAAUGGAGUCAUAAUAGGAUAUGAAUCCAAGUUGAAUUUAUUUAAGUUAUUAGAUGUUACUAUGAAAAGCAUAAAAAAGUAAUAGUAAUUCAAUUUA